UUUACUUGUCAUUGGAACACAUCCAUCAAUUAACAACGACAAUGACGUUGUUCCUGUUUGUUUUGAACAUUGAACUUUUGUCAUAGAAAGUAUUAGAAUUCGUUUAAUUUUAUUUUCAGAAUUUCAUGUUCAACAUCAUCGUCAUCGUCAUUUCUUGUAUCCAAUGGUUAAAAAUAGAAUAUUCUAUAUGGGCGUUGAAUGAAUAGUAUUACGCAUCAAUAUGCAUCCAUAACUUAGACACUCAGAACUUGAAAUUUAUCCUCAUUUUCAUCAUCAUCAUCAUCAUCGUCUUGAGUUGCAAUUUUGUUUUGUUUUUUUUUAUUUCUUCAGUAGAAAAAAAAUUCAUUUGAUAAUCAACGAGAACAUUUUAUAAAACGAAAUAUAAAACGCAUUCUGUUCAUGUGGCAAAUGUCAUCAUCAUUAUAACCAUCAUCGAUUUUGGAAUUGAAUUCUCUUCCUCUCUCUCGCUCUUUCUGUGUGUUUGUGUUCUUAGUUUGUGUUUAAACUUCAAUUUAAACGAAAAAAGAAAAGUUUCAGAAAUUUAUUUUUUUCUCGAAAUUUUCUCUGUUUUUAUCAUGAAUGACAUCGACAUGAUACCGAUGUUGAUAAUGUGAUUGACACACGUGUUUAUUUUGUGUUUGCCUGUGUGUCUGUGUCUGCGUGUAUGUAAUAGUUAUGUAAAUGAGUGUGGGUAAAUAAACAAAAAAAAACAUAACGAAUCAACUAAGACGACUAGCAGACAAACGGAAGAAGAAGAAGAAAAAAAAGAAUACAAGAAAAAAAAAAAAAAAAUUGAAAAUUAUUGCGAAAUUAUGGUGAAAUUAAGUUCAUGGUUUUCCAUCAUACGUUGGGCAUUAAUAUUGACAUUAUUAUUCAUCAUCAUAAUGGCUAUAACACCAUUAUUGUUUCCGAAAUAUUUCGAUAAAGAUAUGUUGGCCAAUGAUAAUUAUCGUAUACAUUGUACAAUAACCAUUUUAUUGGCAAUCAUUGGCCUAUUUACAAUUUGUUGUUAUUAUUUUUAUUUAACAUUAAUAUUUGCCACAUUAAGUAUAUUAUAUUUGAUUGGUGAAAUAGCAAUGAAUAUGGGUAAUAUUGGUACAUAUCUAACAUGGAUCGGUGUCAUUAUUUGUUCAUAUACAUAUUGUGCUGUAAUGCGUCGUUUACGUAAUGAUGCAUUAUAUGGCCCAUAAUAUAUGAUGAUGAUAUACUUUAUUGUUUUGUUUUGUAAUUUUCGCUGUUAUUUUUUUUUAUUUGUUAAA